GAUUGACAUGUGACGUCCAAUGCAUAACAUACAUGAAGCAUUUCAUUUAUGAAGAGAGGAGCUACUUCCAGCAAUGCCCUGUAUUUGGACCUUUUUAGCACUGUUACUUGACUUGAAGUCCUGAAAUCACUCGUGUGGCCUGUGAUAGGAUGUCUUUAUAUUGUGGAAGACUUUACGUCUCUCUGCUCUUCACGUCGAUCGUGUUUUUAUCUUUGAAAGUAACAUCUUCACAAUUAGCUCCAUUCUUUCUAGAGGAACCUUCAGAUAUUGUCGUAAAAAAGAACAGACAAGCAUUACUUAAAUGCAGAGCGGGGGGAUUGCCAUCUCCAAGGAUAUCAUGGAGACAUAAUGGCAACGACUUGAACCUAGCAGGUGAUAAACGGCGAAAAAUAUUACCUGAUGGAUCACUACUUUUUAUAACUAUUGAACAUACUAAGAGUAGUAAACCAGAUGAGGGAACUUACCAGUGUGUGGCUUCCUCCCAAGUCAAUAAUUUGGACUAUGAAAUACGAAGCAGAAUAGUCAAAUUACAAGUAGCAGGCUUAUCAUCAAAAAUCACAAUAGAACCUGUGACAAGUCAGGUUAUUUUUGGUGAUGUGGCACGAUUGUUCUGCAAAGUUCGGCAUUCUCUUCCUGAUUCCAUAAUACAAUGGAAAUUCAAGCAAAAGGAUGGGAGUGAAAUAGCACUUACCCCUAGCAGCAAAGUGACAUUACUGCCUGGGGGAGUAAUACAGAUUCGUAAUGUACAGCUGGAUGAUGGUGGUGAAUACAAGUGCACAGCUGAGAACCCUGUAACCAAAAGGACACACUCAAGCUCAUAUGCUACUCUAACUGUAAUUCCAGAUCGUGGCAACCCUCGAAGGGCAGAUUUUGUUGUUACACCUCCAAGCAAAGUAGUUGCAAUCAAAGGCAAACACACUGUACUAGAGUGUGCUGUUAAAGGUAGCCCCAAGCCAGUUGUGAGGUGGUACAAGAAUGGCCAGAUAGUUACAUAUGAUAGCAGGGUGACAAUCAUUGGGGAGAGUAACCUUGAGAUCAUGCAAGUGGUGCCCUCAGAUGCUGGGACUUACAAGUGUGAAGCAACAAGUUCUGGGAGCCAACCUGUUUCAGCUGAGACACGGCUCAAAGUGAACUAUCCACCAGUUUUUAUCAAGAGGCUCAGAGAUCACAAUGCAUACACUGGGUCUGUUGUGACCUUUAACUGUACUGCUGAUGGCAACCCCAAACCCAACGUUUACUGGUCAAAGAACGGCUAUAAGAUUGGUAGCACUGAUUUUACCAAAGUAGGAGAUGGCUUUCUGAAGGUGGAGGAUCUGUUGCCUUCUGAUAUGGGAAUGUACCAGUGUUUUGCCACCAACAGUCUGGGGAGCAUACAGGCAUCUGCUGAGCUGUCAGUGUACAAGACAGGAGUACCUCUACCGACAACAAGGCUACCUACAACAACACAGACUCCCACCACCACCUUACCACCUACAACAACACCAACACCACCCCCAACCACUACUGAGCCGCAAAGACCUCCUGACCCACCACGAAAUGUUCAGGCUAGGACCAUAUCGGACUCUGAGAUAGAAGUCACAUGGAUUCCACCAAAGAACACUUAUGGCAAAGUGCUGUCAUAUAACAUGUUUUUCACCCUUUCAAAAGGUGGAAUAGGUAUUGUCAAGAUGACCAAUGUGUCUGGAGAUACCUUAAGGGUGAAGAUAGACAACCUUAAACCUGACACGGACUAUAACUUCAUGGUGUAUGCUCGUAACAAAUAUGGAACAGGCAGAAUAUCCGAGAGUGCAAGCGGAAGAACAGCGCCCAUUGCCAGUGUACCAAAAGCACCAAGAUCGCUAGUAGCCGUCCCCCUGUCGUCCUCCUCUAUCAAGGUCCAGUGGAAUGCACCUUUAGAGGGUAGUGAAGAAGUUGCCCAAUAUGUGCUGGAGUACCAGGAGGUUGGGGCAACUGUCAAGAAAUCCCAGGUUAUCAAACAGCUGAUGAAAACCAUUACUUUCCUUAAGACCUACACUGAAUACGAGAUUACUGUGUAUGGCGUCUCUAAGGCUGGGCUUCGCGGCAUUGCGGCAACCACUACUGUAUUUACAUUGGGAGGAAUUCCCAAAGGCCCACCAACAGGUUUGACACUGCAAGCAGCCCAGAGUGGUACGGCCCUGAUAGUGUCUUGGAACCCCCCACAUCAUAGCCUGGCCAAUGGGAGAAUCAUCAAAUACGCCUUGGAGUACAGACGUUCUGGCAAGACAAUGUUCAAUAGAGUCGAACUGGGAGAUGUACUUGACCGCACCAUCACCAGACUGCAGCCCAACACCAAGUAUGAAGUGCGCAUAGCAGCUGGAACCUCCUCGGGCUUUGGGGACUUCACAGAUCUUGUCACCGGUAACACCAACAUCACCAAGUGUACAGAAACCGUUCCUCCCGGCGCACCUCAAAACCUCCGUGUCACCCUCCCUUUGAAGACGGAGCGCAUCCUUCAUGUCCAGUGGCAGUCGCCUCGUAACGCUGGCCGCGUGUGCGUGACAGAUUACGUGAUUCGUUACGGUGCGGGAAGCCCCUACCCUUAUAAGGAGGUGAGGCCUGCGAAUGUCACGUCCAUUCUGCUAAAGGAACUUGAGGCGGGCAAGCAGUACAUAGUGAAGGUCACCGCGAGGAACAAGAACCACGACAAUGGACCAGGGGUCGAGGAGUCUAUCUUUAUACCCAUCUCAGGAGAUGUAGAAAAGCCUGUCAAGAAUGUCCGUGUGACGCCUCUCUCUUCCACUGCUCUCCGUGUCACGUGGACAGAGGUGGAGGACCUCCGCGUGCAGCUGUAUCACGUGUACCGCUCGCUCAAGAAGACGGUAACAUACUGUGGUAAUACCACCCUACGAGAGCUGAACUGCACACGGCUACAGCCUUACACUUACUACACAAUCCUGGUGAGGCGGAACGGCGAGAAGGUCAAUGGGACAGCCACCAAUCAAACGCUAGAAGCAAAACCCAGCCCCCCAACAGACAUCACACUUAGUUCCCUUGAUGACAACACCACGGACCUCCACGCCAACUGGCAGAUCCCAGAAAAAGUCAACGGCAAAAUACUGCGCUAUAAAAUCUACUACUCGCUCUAUCCGGACGCGCCACUCAGGAACUGGACUAUGCAGCUUUGUGAUGGUGCCACCAUGCAGACCAGGCUGAAGGGGCUUAAACCUGGAACUAAGUACUACUUCCGUAUGCAAGUCGAGAAUGGUGCUGGGUGGAGUGAGCUGUCGCAGGCCAAGAUGAUUGUCACGCCAGAUCAAGAAAAUGAUACAAAUAUCGCUCCUACGGUAGUAGCCCAAGUCGGACCGGCAGGUCUCAAGGAUAAGACUCUAUGGAUCAUCAUAGCGGCCGUGGCGGGCAUCACCCUGAUCGCCAUCAUCAUCAUUAGUGUUGUGCUGUGCAAGAAGCGAUCCGUGGACGACAUACAAAUGCCUCGGAGGCCGCCGCCGACUUAUAAAUCGGCCAUCCAGUCAAAUGGGUCCGCAAAGAAAAAGAAAGAAGAAAAACCUCCCGAUCUUUGGAUUAACCACACGGAGAACAUGGAAAUGAAACCUCUGACCUCAGCUAACCCACCACCGGAUGUAGCUAAUGUGCCCAAAAGUACAUUCGAGACGCAGCCCCUGAUUGACAAUCGCAUGGAAAACCAAUAUGAGCGCCACUCUUUCGCUGAGCCCGAGAUCGACCCACUACCACCCCCACCGGAACACAUGUUGAGCGACGACAUGCCUUCGCCUGUGUCCUCCCCCGGACCGGCGCCAUACCACCCAGUGGUCACGUAUCCACGACCACAGACACCAGAAUCCACAGGCUCCAAGUACCCAAUGACCAGCACGCCAAUGCGGCAUAAUAGUGCUCAGUUCCCACGCAGCGGCUCAUUAGACAACUCUACCGAACCGCUGAUCUCCUUGCCACCACAGAGAUCCCAGUCUUAUGACCUGGAUCACCAGCAGCCAAUCAGACCGCCGAUACCCACAUUCCAAGACAACGGACCGCAUUAUAAGGUCCCACAAGUGACGUCAUCAGCGCCCAAAGACGACAUCCAACUCCCUCCUGUGGGGUAUAACAGACCCGCCAUGCCCCGAUCUCCUAACGGAGUACGGUCACCGCCACCAACUUACAACGAAGUGUACAGUCCUAAACAGCAGAGAGACGCAGGUGAAGUUGUCGCCGAUCUAGACAAAGAAUUAGCUGGCCUUGAAGGGCUCAUGAAAGACUUGAAUGAAAUAACGGGCAAUGAUUAUCUUUCUUAACCUCGUCCAUCUGUAAUCUACAUACCUCGAAAUGAGAGCCCAGGCUACCGCGUGUAGCUUUGCCUUCGUGAACCGCCAGAAGACUGGAAAUGAGCGUAAUACAACAAGAUGCACAGAAGUUCCAGAUUAGAUAAUUCUUAGAAAAAGGGUUGCACCAUAAGAGAUUGCCCUUAGAGAGCGAUGCUAGUAAUAGAGUUGUCUGCUUUAUCAGGCACCGAUCAUUUAAUCAGACGGGGUAUUACUGAUUUUUUUUUUCCAACUCUAUAUUUUGUUCACGGGACCCCACUGACUUUUAAGCAAAGGUUUGCUUUUUGUUUAUUUCCCAGAGAGGUAACAUUCUCGGUAUUUCCUCAAAUAUAGAUAGAAUGGUCCUUCUCCUGACACUAGAUCAAAUUAUCAAUCAGUGGUUGUGCAGUGAUUGAGAAACGUGAGCUUAAGGAGGAAUGGGUACGAGGUCUUGGUUCUUGAAGGUAAAGCAGCUUUUUUCUAUGCGAAUCGCUGGAAUAAAUUAUUAGAACUUAGUGAUGGGAGAUGUUUGUUUAGUGCAAGAGCAUCUUUUCGUCAAGGUAUAUGUAAAAAUCUUAAAAUAGUCCAUAUUUUUAACUUUGGCAAACAUAAUUGUAAACAAGAAAUAGAUUUAAUAUAUUUUUAUCAUACCUGUUUGCAUGUGUGAAAACGAUUUUUAGAGGAAAAGCAUCAGAUUACUUGUAAAUAAUUAGAAUUACUUGAGAUUUCGGUUAUUAUUAUUGUUCAUAGGCACAAAUUAUGUUUAUUAGGGGUUCUAUUUGGUUUUUAUUUUUGUUUGAAAUUGGUAAUGAUGUUUACCCUUAUAUCAUUCAAGGGACAUAUUUUGAGCAGUAAAUUAUACAAUAUUGAGAAGAGGUUUCAAGCUUUGGUAUUGUGAUUAUAUUUUCAGUAGAGCGUAUCUUUUGAUUAAUCAAGUUUAUUUUAUGUUCGAAGCUUUGUUAGUCAGAGGUAUCGAGAGAUAGCUUAGAAAGGAAUCACUCUUAGCCUGCGUGCAGCCAGAAAUAGUUCCAUUAUUAAUCAUGAAACUAUUUCCGGCUGGACGCAGGCUAGGAAUCUCUUAGACAGGGAAUUCUUAGACAGGGAAAUUUCUGAGACAGGGAAUCUCUGAGACAGGAAAUGUCUAAUAUGUUUAAAAUGCCACCAAUUCAUGGCAGUUAAAGUUUAAUUUUAAUUUGAAACCUCUUAGUUUUAAACAUCGCUUUUGUUAGCUGGUUCAAGAGGGUGUUCCAAUCUACUCGUAAAAAUAAACAUAAAGUAGAUUAGAAAAAAAUGCUUUUUAGCAUUUGUGAGUUCAAAUCAGCGCAUAGAAUACUUGCGAAAUAA